AUGACUAGAAGGCUUCGCUCGUCAACGAUUAGGACAACGGCUACACCAAAGUCUUCUUCUAUGACGGUCGCGAAAUGGUCAGGUAAGAAGGUAAGCACCAAAUCGGUGCCAGAUGAUCCGUCAUCUUGUGUUUCGUCGCCACCUUUGCCUCCAGCGCAAUCAGAGGUUAAUGACUUGUCGACUGACUUUAGCGGCUCCGUGAGCAUGGUGCCGUCAGACACAGCUCCUCAGCUGCCGGAGUCGGCAGACAAGUUGACCCUUGACGAGGGAGGCAAAGGUGAAGAUACGGACUAUCAGGCGCUUGUGAUUGUGGAGCCGAUGGAUCAGUCCAUCCCUCCAGAAGAACAAGCGGCUCCAGAGGAAGUAUCUGUUAUGUCAGCAGCGCGUACGAGCGCACCUCUUAUGAAGGAAAAGGCUGGUGGCGCGGGGGCUUCUCACUAUCCGCUAACGAUAAGAGAAAUCCACAGGAAGAAAAUUCAUCGCAUAGGCACCCAUUCUUACCUGGCGAAUAGUGGGAACGCCCAAUUCGAUCUAUCUGAAACAGGACUCAAGAGCACCCAUUCUUAUCUGGCGAAUGGUGGAAACGUCAAAAUCUUUCUACUCAGGACAGGACAUAAAGGCGCCCGUUCUCAAUCGGGAAUUAGUGGGAAAGCCGAAUUCGUUCUUUACAGAACAGGAGGCAGAGGCACCCAUUCUUAUCUGGUGAGUGGUGGAGGCACCCAUUUCAAUCUAGUCAGAGGAGGACGCAGAGGCACCCAUUCUUAUCCGGUAAAUGGUGGAAACGGCCAAAUCAUUCGCUUCAGAGCAGGACGCAAAGGCACCCAUUCUCAACUGGCGAACAGUGGGAACGUCCAAUACUUUCUAUACAGAACAGGACGCAGGGGCACCCAUUUGAAUCUAUAUGGAGCAGGAUAUGGAGCAGGACGCAAAGGCACCCGCUCUUAUCUGGUGGAUAAUGGAAACGGCCCAAUCAUUCGCUUCAGAGCAGGACGCAAAGGCACCCGCUCUUAUCUGGUGAAUGGUGGAAAGAGCCAAAUCAUCCUCUACAGAACAGGUCGCAGGGGCACCCAUUUGAAUCUAUAUGGAGCAGGAUAUGGAGCAGGACGCAAAGGCACCCGCUCUCAACUGGCGAACAGUGGGAACGUCCAAUACUUUCUAUACAGAACAGGACGCAGGGGCACCCAUUUGAAUCUAUAUGGAGCACGAUAUGGAGCAGGACGCAAAGGCACCCGCUCUUAUCUGGUGGAUAAUGGAAACGGCCCAAUCAUUCGCUUCAGAGCAGGACGCAAAGGCACCCGCUCUUAUCUGGUGAAUGGUGGAAAGAGCCAAAUCAUCCUCUACAGAACAGGUCGCAGGGGCACCCAUUUGAAUCUAUAUGGAGCAGGAUAUGGAGCAGGACGCAAAGGCACCCGCUCUUAUCUGGUGGAUAAUGGAAACGGCCCAAUCAUUCGCUUCAGAGCAGGACGCAAAGGCACCCGCUCUUAUCUGGUGAAUGGAUAUGGAGCAGGACGCAAAGGCACCCGUUCUUAUCUGGUGAAUGGUGGAAACGGCCAAAUCAUUCGCUACAGAGCAGGACGCAGGGGCACCCAUUUGAAUCUAUAUGGAGCAGGAUAUGGAGCAGGACGCAAAGGCACCCGUUCUCAACUGGGUAGUGGGGGCGCCCAUUUGAAUCUAUAUGGAGCAGGAUAUGGAGCAGGACGCAAAGGCACCCGUUCUCAACUGGGUAGUGGGGGCGCCCAUUUGAAUCUAUAUGGAGCAGGAUAUGGAGCAGGACGCAAAGGCACCCGUUCUCAACUGGGUAGUGGGGGCGCCCAUUUGAAUCUAUAUGGAGCAGGAUAUGGAGCAGGACGCAAAGGCACCCGUUCUCAACUGGGUAGUGGGGGCGCCCAUUUGAAUCUAUAUGGAGCAGGAUAUGGAGCAGGACGCAAAGGCACCCGUUCUCAACUGGCGAGUGGGGGCGCCCAUUUGUAUCUAUAUGGAGCAGGACGCAAAGGUACCCAUUUUCAGCUCGUACAUGGUGGAGCAGUCCAAUACAGAUUACCUAAGAAAGAUGGCGGGCUCAGAAACACUAUCAUCAGUAACGGAGGCAUCGAAGCUGUAGAACCUUCGUCUUCUGGGAAGUGGUUGUGGAACAGCGCUUCAGGGAAGGGAUGUGCAGCACCAAGCCUAAAGGAAACAUUCAUGGAGAAUUCUUGA